AUGUCCUCUCCUACUGCCCGACCCUAUCGGUCAAAACGUCAGCGCCCGUGUGAUCAAUGUCGCGCUCGCAAGCUAGGAUGUCAAACCACAGGCGGAGCUCCCUGUCAACGAUGCCGAUCGGCGAAAUUGGAGUGCACCUUUGAUAAUCCUCCCCCGAAAAGGGCCCGCGUCUCGGACUCUCUUCCCUUCGCCCAACCCGUCGCCGAGUCUCCCAUCACGCAGCCCUUUGAAAGUACGAUCACGCGCGAGUCCAGCGUAGCAGGAAGUGGGACCCAGAGCGCCGUACCACGAUUUCCAUCUCUCGGCUUGGAGCCAAGCAGUCAUGGAUUGUCUCCGGCCUCCGGGAUCUUAGGCCCCGGAAGACCCCCGACUCAGUUUGUCCAGAGUAUUGAUCAACUGGAGCAUGGCCAUGCCCAGCUCUUCGGCGCAUCCGCAGAAUCUGAUCCUUGGCUACUUCGGCACUGCUGUUUUGAUGACCAAGGCAUGAAAUACUUCUACAAAGUGCAUUUUCGCAACGCUGGAGGCGUCCCUACUGCACAACGAAUCCCGAUACACUUCAUGAUAUCGUCGGAGGAGCUUACCAACAGUAUCAAGCAUGAGACUAGGGCCGGAGUAGGUGAAGCAACACGAGAACGUCUGAACCUCCUAGUACCACUCGAGUAUGGCAGAAGACUAGUCGCCCUGUUUGUCAAGUACGUUUUCCCUGCUUUGCCAAUUAUUUCACGCUCGCAGCUGGGGUUGACUGCCCCGUCAUAUCAGCUACCCGACGCGUCGGUAUUAGAAAAAGUGCCCGUGCACCUUCUCGCAGCCAUCUACGCGUCGGCGUUCCCAUUUGUGGCCCAUGACGACUAUCUGUGCGUCCUGAGCACCUAUCAUGCGUCGCCGGUUGAAUCGCUAUGGCGUAUGGUCUACGAGCUUGUGACAGAGGAGAUCCACAGUCCCCGGCUUGCAGUUCUACAGGCCGCCCUACUGUACGUCCACCAGCAGCCAAGAGACGAGGCCCGUCACACUACCGCCGAUACUCCAUUCCUGUGGUCAUUUGUUGGCCAGAUCGUCGGACUGGCCUGCUCCCUCGGCCUCCAUAUCGAAUGCCGCAUGUGGGGCAUCCCGGCAUGGGAAAAGCGCCUUCGACGGCGGUUGUGGUGGGCCGUAUAUGCCGAAGAUAAAUGGCGCAGUUUGUUGAUGGGUCGCCCGCCCUAUAUCCACCCUGCAGAGUGGGACGUCAGCGACCUGGACGAAGGGGACUUUCUAGUUGGCCCACGCCAGGGAUUCUCGACCAGCUCUUGUGACACCGAGAUCCCUUUCCGCUACCUUAUAAACCUUACGCGAAUCGGCGAAGAGAUCCAUGACACGUUCUAUACCCUUCGAGCCUCGCAGAUACUCAACGCUGAUUUCGCUACCUCUUCUGAACUCGGUCGCGACUUAUUGGAAAGGUUGAAUGGAUGGUACUCAUCUCUCCCAGAGACAUUCCGACUACCCAACUGGAGCAAGUCCGUCAAUGGUCUUGCCCCAUACCCUACGUCCAUCCACUUCGCCUACCUCUUGCUGGUGGUCUAUGUCUACCGAGCCAUGCUCAGACCGAUGGCACGGUCAUCAGAGCCGCCUCUGAUUUUCGACCUGGAAGAUAUGACCACUGCCUCUCCAUUACCUGUCGACGAGUCUAUUUUGGACUUCUCAGAUCUGCCGGAGAUAGAAUUGUUACCGGAGAUGUCCAUGUCAGAUGAGUUUGGCACGGGCGAGGCUACACUACAAGCAGCAGAAAAGUGCGCUUCUAUAUUGGUGAACUUUACCAGACGGCUGACGUCUAGUGACUUCACGGCAUUCUGGUAUUCCUGGUCUCGAAUCGGGUUUGCCACAAUUUCUAAUUACCUAAUGCUGCUACUUGUACAGGCGCCCAAUAUUGCCCAUGCUAUCCGAGGGAGACACCUACGAGACUCGUGGCUGCAGGUGUUGAGGUGCCAAAGCCAGAGUUUCCCACUUGUGAAGCUUGGCCUAGCGCGUCUCGAUGCACUUCACUGGGCAGGACUUGGCAAUACCUUUGUUUUGCCGUUGCAUGUCCAAGAGGCUAUAGUAAGCCCGGAUAUUCCCGAGGCUUGA